CACAGGGUCCACGGGCGUGGUUGCCAAUUUUCCGUGUCAAUGGCCGGAUCGUCUUCCUAACCUUCAACCUAACCUCCAACCUGUCAUUGAUUAAUCUAAACAGUGGAAACGAUGAGUGUGAAGGGGGACCUGGUGCAGCUGCUGAAGCCCUAUUUCCUGGUCAACAUCCUGCUGAGCCUCUCCUAUGUGGUGCUGAAACGCGUGCCCGGCCUGUGCAACCACCUGUUCAGCACAGACGACUGCGAGUUCGAUGGGCGCGAGACGGAGAUCCUGUUCUUCCUGCUGAUUGUGGUGGUGAUGCGCAGCCGGAAGUCCGGCAACGUGACCAUGCUCAGCUACCUGUCCUCCAGCUUCAUGUACACGAAGCUGGCCAAUCUGAUCCUCUGGUUCAACGCCGAUUAUCUGAUGGGCAUCGUCUAUGCGGUGCUGUUCGUGCUUGGGGCCCUGCUGGUGCCCGAGCCCGUCUACAGCAGCCCCGACCGCGUGGUCUACUUCCGGGGGCUGCAAGCGCUGACUGAGCAACUGCAGGCCGACCAGGCCACCUGGCUGGUGGCCUUCUACGCCGCCUGGAGCCCCGCAUGCGUGAACUUCGCCCCUGUUUUCGCCAAACUGAGCAACGACUUCGGCGUGGCGGCGCUGAAGUUCGGCAAAAUGGACGUGGGGCGCUACCCGGAGGCGGGCGCCCAGCACCGCGUCAGCGACAGCAGCCUGAGCAAGCAGCUGCCCACAGUGAUCCUCUUCCAAGAGGGGCGCGAGGUGAUGAGGCGCCCCGCCGCGGACGCCAGCGGCAAGCUGUCCAAGUUCCUGUUCUCCGAGGAGAACGUGCGGCUGGCCUUCGGCCUCAGCGGGCUUUACGAGCGCGCCCAGGGGGACAAGAAGCGCAAUUAGAGCCGCCUAGUCCUAAAAUAGUGUUUAUUUAUAUUAUAGUUAAGUAGCCAGCUUAAGUAAACCGCUGGAGGGCUUGAGGCAAAAUA